AUGGCUACUGCGCGCAACAUCCCCACCGCGUUUCCCGAGCUAGAUUACGGAGAACCUCCGAGGGAUAAGGAGCCGCGAAGGAGUCGUAGCCGCAGUCUGCGCUCUGUCGCGAACUUGGUACUUGGCAAGCAGGCGACGAAGGCCUCGCCCAACGAGACCAACUCACCUGCCUCAACAACCCGUUGGCCCUCGAUCUCGGCCCUUCGCCGCUCGCAGAAGAAUGCACUACCUCCCCCUUCGGAAGUUACCACUACCUCUGCAGGCAAUGGGAGCGCGAACGCGGAACUGUACACUCGCGAUCGACGCUCUGCCGACAUACCCAGGCGCCGCUUCUCCCUAUCUCGCCCCAUCCGACUCAGCCUGAACUUGGCGAGACCGACGAAGCGCGGCGCUCCCGAAGUAGAGUCUUUGAUAUCGGAGGUCGCGCCGAGCGGACACGACGAAGGACGUCAGGACACCGAUGCAUACACCCACUCGCACGAACUCCGCCGCCGCCUCGAAGAACUCGAGGCAGAUGGGGCGUCGACACAGGUGCUGGCUGGUGAUGCGUCGUCGCGUGCAGCUGGCAGUGUCGAACUGUCGCUGCUCGAGGGCGACGGCGGCGAAGCGUCCUUGCUCGAGUCCGACGGAGGCGAAGCGUCCUCGCACGAGGUCGACGGCGGCGAAGCGUCUUCGCUCGAAUUUGAUGGAGAUGGCCCUUCGCUGCUCGAACUCGACGGCGUCGAACCGUCGCUGCUCGAGCUGGACGCGGCGCCGAGCCAGCUUGAGGUCGAAGUCAGCUCGUCUGAGGUUGAGGGCGAUAUCGACUCAGUGCAUGAUGCGACCGGCCCCUCGCUCGUAGAAGCCCAGGAUUCCCUCCUCAACAUCGACGCCGCAGUCCUUGACAUCGACGCCGCAGCUCCCGGCACCGACGCCGUGGUCUACGCAGCCGACGGCAAGCCUUCGCACGCAUCGGCCUUCGAAGACGAUAUCGAGCAGGUCGGCAGCGCGAAGGGGCGAUCGACCAGCCCGCACGUCGCCUUCGCCGAGGAUGUCGUCGAGUAUGGACCCGGCCUCCCGGAACUCGUUCAUUCAUGCUACAAGGACGGCGACUUUACCGACGUCUACGCCGACAUCGACGAAGAAGCUUAUCACGCCGGCGAGGACGGCUACCCCGGCGACGAGGACGGCUACCACGGCGACGACGAGCUGCUCUACAGCUCGGACGACGAGGAUUUUUACGCGUACCCAUCGAAUGCCAUCUUCGACGUGUCGAGCCAUACGCCGAGCCCCGCUUCGGCAGAUGCGUUGAACCACAUUUCGACGUCUGCGCUCGCGUAUGCGCCCACUCUUGAAGCCCCUGCUACCAACAUUACAGCUGUGAUGUCAUUGACUUCCCGCCCAGUGGCGAUCCCGUUCACUUCCCGCCCAGUGGCGAUCCCAUUCACCUCCCGCCCGGCUGCGAUCCCAUUCACCUCCCGCGCGCCUGCAGCCAUUCUGCCUCCCGCCGCGCCUCCCGUCCCCGACGACGCGUACGAGACCCACACGCCGCAGUACGCGGCCUUCUUCUCCGAGUCGCCCUCUUCGUACGAUGUCGCGAUGGACUUCUUGCCGCUGAGCGAUCUGGAGGGGACGCCGGUGGAUGAGGCGGGGGCGUCGUUCGGGGAGAGCGCGUUAUCCUGUGAGAGUGCGUUAUUCGGUGAGAGCGCGGUGGACGGUAGCGACAGCGAGGGGCAGGCGGACCUUAUCUUCCCCGACGAGGCGUCUUUCCCAGUGAUCUAUGAGACGCGAGAGGCGCGCAAGGAGGGCGGACAAGCGUGGGAGGAGGGAGAAAUGACCCUCUGGAGCAGUGAGUUGUCGCUGGCGCCGUCGUUGGAGACGCCCUCGGACCCCGUGCUGGGGCCGUUGUUGAGCGAAGAGCGAGGGGUUUGGCGAGACGAUGAAGCCACGCCGCUCCCGCCAUUCCGGAUGGAUCGUCUGCCGUGGCUUGAGGAGUCGGACGAGGAAGAGUCACCGCUGUCGCCGAUGGACGGGCAGGACUCGCUGCUUUCGCCGCCGAGCUUGUUGGGGGCAGAGCUGCCUAUCCUCAUGGCGGAUUCGCUGCCUCUCGCAGCAGACAACGAAGAGGUCGAUGGGGAAAGCAAGGACUCCGUGGCGGGUGGCGACGCGGACGAAAAUGCCGACUUCGCGCUCUUCCCAACCGACCCUCGAUCCCUCCCCUACCUCCUCCGUCUAUCCGCCGAGUACGACGGGACGCCCGCAUCUGAGCUCAAUGGGUCGCCGUUCCCUUCGCCCAUCCCUAGGACGCCUUUUGACGAGAACGUCCUCCCGUUCGCGAGUCUGUCGGCGCAGGAGAUUGCCACUGGACAUCAGCUGGUGCGGCGUGGGAGGGAGGGGGUUGUAGCGAGGAGGGUGAUGGUCGAGCGUCAGCCGUCUCAAGCCCUGGUCGAUACUACGGCGCAGGCCGAGAAUACGACGCAGGUCGAGAGCAUGGCGCAGAUCGAUCCCACGUUGCAGAUUGACUUCACCGCGAGUUCGCCUCUGGAUGCCUUUCUCCCUCAGGUCCACACACCUGCCUUCGCGCCUGAGCUCCUUGAUCUCUUUCCUCCGCCUUCACCCCAUAUGGAGAUGUCGGGUGGCAUGCAGUUCUCGGAGAGCCGCGCAUUGGUGCGUCGGCCGACGGAGGGCGACAUGGCGGUGGUGAGGGCUGAGUCUUGUUCCAACUCCCUCUCCUCGAUGACAGCCGAGCCCAUCUCGUUCUCGACGAUCCUCGAGAAGGCUCGGCUCUUUUACCGCGGGUGGAGCCGUUGGUUCUGGACGUCCGGGAUGCGAACAAUAUGGUGA